AUGAAGUUCUCAUCACGCUUCUCCUUUUUUGCGUUCGCGAUGCUCUUCUUCCACCAAGCGGCGCGCGUCGAUGUCGUCCAAGCGGCACCGGCGAUGAUGUUUUUCUCUCCUCCUCCCGUUGCUCGUCGUCAUCUUGUGAAAGAAGAAGAAGAAAAAGCAACGGCAUUCUCAUCGAUGCAUUCGAAAUCAUCCGAGGAAACAGAAGACAACGUCGCCCUCUACGCCGGACGAGUACAAAACGAGCGAAUGGUUUUAGAGAAGCUUUUGGUGGGAGGUUUGUUCCAGUCGGAGAAUGAUGAUGAUGAUGAUGAGAUGAAAGCGGAAGUGACGAUCGUUUUAGACCAACCGCGAUGGACGGCAGAGGACGACGAGCAGAUGGCGAAGUUUUUGUCUUUCUCGAAAUCGUCGUCGUCGACGGUAUCGUCGGUGUUCGCGCCGAGGUUUAGCCGUUUUCGAGGAGGAGGAAAACAACAACAACAACAACAACAACAACGACAACACGCAGUGAAAGAGGAAAUAGAGAAACGCUUUUCCGUCGCCUCGACGGCGGAGAACUCGCGCGACGAAAACUCGCUCGGCGGUCGCGUGCGGUAUUGGAACUGCGACGACGAAAAAGAGGACUUUGAGUACGCGACGAGGACGACGACGACAAAAACAGACGAGUUGGACGAACGAGUGAAGGCAAUCUUAGGCGAUUUGACGAGGCGUUCCAAGGAGGAUAAGGAGCCUACUGAUCGAGUGGGGAUUGUUAUGUGCGGCGGGGAGGAUAAAGAGAACGAUCUGGCGUUGUUCCGUGCGUUGAUGAAGGCGUUGGGUGCGGCGGAGAGGACGUUCGUCGCCGGCGUCCUAGGCGGCGAGACCGCCGGAAGAGUUGAAGGUAGCGGAAAUAGCGGCAGCAACGCUGAUUGCACGCGAGAUGCGGAGAAGCGAGAAAAGAGACGAGACUUGCUCUUUUCGAAAGGCUCCGGGAGUCAAGUGAACGAGUGCGACGACUUGUGUCAGUUGCACGUGAGCAUCGUGAGCGGCUUGAUUAUUUUUUGGAUUUUCGCCGGCACGUUUACGUACGGCAUGGGGAUGAUGUCAAACUUGGACACGCCGAAAAUCUAUGAAAAGAGCGACGAGUGA